UGUUCUGGGCUGGGGCUCAGGGUGCCCAAGACAGGCCCUGCCCCGUCGUGGGCCGGGUCAUUGUGGAGGAGGUGCCUCCGCCUUCCCUACACCCAGAUAGGCGGGGUCCAGGACCGUGCUGUGGUUCUGCCAGACAAGUGCCCACGGAAGCCUCAGCAAUGAAGCCAUAGCGGUCACUGUGGCGACUGGCAACCGUCGCGUGGCUGGCCGCGCGUCUUUGCGCCGGUGCCACCCCCCCGCCUGCCGGCGCCGCCGAGACCGCCCUCCCCGCACGCCCGCCUUCGCGGUGCCCACGCGGAGCCCAGCCCACGGCAGUACGGGACAAAAAUUGUAUCAUACUGAAAGAAACUGGAACCAUGUGGACUAAGAGCAAAGAACAAGCUGUGGGGACUUGGGGAGCAGAGUCCCUGAAGGCAGCCAUCAUCCCAACAAAGGUGGGGACCAGGGGCUUGAACCUGUGUCCUUGUGCACUGUAAUGUGUGUGCUUAACCAGAUGUGCCACCACCUGGCCCCACAUCUCCUUGUCUUGACUCUGCAGCCUGUACCGCCCAGGAGCCCCAGCCUCCUCCCUUAAGACCUGCCACCUGGAGGGCAGUGGGCCCAUGCUGUCAAUUCAGGCCGUGGCAUGGCGUCAGCAAAGCCCCUGGUGCUGGAGGAGCUGGCACCCAGCCCAGAGGAGAAACCCAGAACAAAGCCACUCCUCCCAUGGACCUCGCUCUUUGGCCACCACAGCGAGAAGCUCACCCUGGCCCAGAGUGACAGCAUGGCCGAGGAGAGUGUGCUGACUAUCACCAUCACCGAGACCACAGUCAUUGAGGCGGACCUGGGCGUGUGGAGCCCCCGUGCCCUACUCUACCUCACCCUGUGGUUCUUCUUCAGCUUCUGCACACUCUUCCUCAACAAGUACAUCCUUUCCUUGCUGGAGGGGGAACCCAGCAUGCUGGGUGCCGUGCAGAUGUUGUCCACCACGUUUAUUGGCUGCAUUAAGAUCUUCGUGCCCUGCUGUUUGUACCAGCACAAAGCCAGACUUUCGUACCCACCCAAUUUCAUCAUGACCAUGCUGUUUGUGGGGCUGAUGAGGUUUGCCACUGUGGUCUUGGGUCUGGUCAGCCUGAAAAACGUUGCAGUGUCCUUUGCCGAGACUGUGAAGAGCUCUGCUCCCAUUUUCACUGUCAUUAUGUCACGCAUGAUCCUUGGGGAGUAUACAGGCUUACUGGUCAACCUCUCCCUUGUCCCAGUCAUGGGUGGGCUAGCACUGUGCACAGCCACCGAGAUAAGCUUCAACGUCCUGGGGUUUUCAGCCGCGUUGUCCACCAACAUCAUGGACUGUUUGCAGAAUGUCUUCUCCAAAAAGCUCCUCAGCGGAGACAAGUACAGGUUCUCGGCUGCGGAGCUGCAGUUCUACACCAGUGCGGCAGCUGUGGCCAUGCUGGUCCCUGCCUGGAUCUUCUUCAUGGACCUGCCAGUGAUUGGGAGGAGCGGAAAGAGCUUCAGCUAUAGCCAAGAUGUGAUGCUGCUGCUGCUGAUGGACGGCGUGCUGUUCCAUCUGCAGAGCGUCACUGCUUAUGCACUCAUGGGGAAGAUCUCCCCAGUGACCUUCAGCGUGGCUGGCACUGUGAAGCACGCCUUGUCCAUCUGGCUCAGCAUCAUAGUCUUUGGCAACAGGGUCACCAGCCUGUCAGCCAUUGGCACUGUCCUAGUCACAGUUGGCGUCCUGCUGUACAACAAGGCCAGGCAGCACCAGCGGGAGACCAUGCAGAGCCUGGCCACAGCCACCAUCCGGACACAAGAUGAUGACAUGGAGCCCUUGGUCCCCAAGGACCCCAGGCCACACCACUGAGCCAGGAACCUGGGGAGCUUGUCUUUGGCCUCCCCACGCCCUCGAAAGCAGGUGAAGGCACACCCAUCCAUGAGGGGCACAGUUGAGUUGCAGGUGCCUGGGGGUGUAAUUGGCCCUUCCUGCUCUUUUCCUGGAGUUUCAACCAGAGCUGGUGGCAUUGCCAAAUGGGGGUCCCAGACCUUAGCUGCCUACAGCACACUCCAGAGCCACUGCCAGGGAGCGUGGACUUGCCAGGUGCAGAAUGGUGUGCAGUCUGGCUGCUCAGAGGCCAGGCCCAGUGUCCUCAAAAGGUGAUAGCCACCAGGGACAACUGCAGAGCCAGAUCUUUUGAGUCCAGCACCCCCAUAUCUUCUGUCUGAAGCUACCAGAGCUAAACUCUGCUCCUUAGCAAAAAGAGACCACCAUUCGGGGACAGGAGGCCAUGGCCAGUCGAGUGCCUGGGACAUGACAGAAGACACCCAGAAGGCAGGGUAUGUACCACUUAGGAAGAUGUGGAUCCUGUCAGGUUCCAUGCUUCUCAAAGUUCCCUCCUGUGGCUCUGCCCCUAGCCUUCUACAGGGACCCCAGUGCUGGAGGUUGGGGUCAGCCACCUGAUGUGUCUCUUCCUCAGUGCUAGGGGAUGUGACCUUCUUUUGUCCUUUGAAGCAGGCUAUUGGCAGGCUUGCCUGCAGGAAAUCCCCCCCCCCAUCUCCACUCAGUUUCCCAGCACCCCACUUAUCCUCUAAGGAGGAUGGGCCAUUUCCUCUGAAGGGGUGAGCAGGGGCAUGGGAGGAAGAAUCUUUUGUUUCCUCUGCUGUGUUCAGAAUAACAGUUUCAUAUUUUAUAGCUGAAGCACAGGUGGUUCUGGAAUGCAUGGCAGGUGAAGCUCACUCUGUUCCCUCAAAGGAACUGAGCCCUUGGGUCACUGAGGCUUCCAGCAACUUGACCUUUCGUCCUUGUGGGAUUUCAUGGGAUACAACUUUCACAGCAGGUAUAUGAGAUCCCACUCCUUCUGUGGUCUCAGGUCUGGGGUUGAGCCAACCUGACUCCUGUCAGCCUUGCGGCCUGAGGCCCAGCUGCUAGUACAGAGCCUCUGUGGCCUCUCAGGCAUGACAGAAUGGCCCUGGUCUCCCUGCCCUGCCACUCAGGUCUACAGUUCCCAUAACUGUUCCACUGGUUUUCUAGUUGGCUUCUCAACUAGAAAAUUGAAAACCCUCCCUCUCUGGGAACCCAGUCUGCUAGAAACAAAAGAGCAAUAAUUAUGUCUCAUUAAGUUCCACCUACUUGAAAAGUUUGCCAAGAUCAAGGAUCAAAGGGAAGCCUUUUCAAUGAUACAAAGGCUGGAAGCUGGUGGAGGGUAGAUAGCAUAAUGAUUAUGCAAACAGACUCUUAUGCCUGAGGCUCCAAAGUCCCAGGUUCGAUCCCUCGCAACAUCAUAAACCAGAGCUGAACAGUGUUCUGGUAAGAAAGAAAAAAAAAAAAAAGGCUGGAAGCAACUGGUGCAGGGCAGGAGUGCCAGUCCACCCACAAGCCCACCUCCACUGUGAAGACUCCCCUUGCUUCUUUCCUGCUUCUUCCCAAAACAAGGCUAUAGUGGAUCCAUUGGGGGUGGGCAGUAUGUAGCAUUGAUCUCUGAGGACCAUUGUGAGAACACCCCUUCCUGGAGGGCUGGGGGGGGGGGUCUCAGCAGUAUUUUCACAAGGGCCUAUGCUUGAGUUUGGUUCAUAUGACUGCCUGCUUCCUAGUGUCAAGGUUUCUGACCCAUGGCUUGUGUGUUGACACCCCCUCCUGCCUCUCCCCUCAAUUCCUCUCCCCUCAAACCACCCCAAGAAACUUUCAGUCUGUUUUUGAUUUUCUGGAUGUACAAGCCAGGAACUAAACAUAAAAUUUUCAUAAAUGAAACCACUUCCAGCAAAACUGCUUUAAAGACUCCCUGGCCCCACAUUCAAUGACCACAAACCACAUGCUUUGGCACUGCCCUUGCCAGGGCUUCCAUUUCACCCCUGUGCCAGCCACUGCCUAUGUUUCCUGACCAGCUGGACUGACCAGCCAUGUAAGGAUUGCAGGCAGGAGGUUCUUUUUAUUAAGUGUUCUUGUUAAACUGUGGUAGAUGUACUUGCAUGAGCACCAGCACUCAGUGUCACUGUUCAAUCAGGGUCAUUCCUUCUGUCCUUGUCCGUGCCUUUGUAUAAAAAACACUGAGAAUGGGAGUUGAGCAGUAGUGCAGCUGGUUAAGUGCAAGUGGCGCGAAGCACAAGGACCAGCGUAAGGAUCCCGGUUCGAGCCCCCGGGUCCCCACCUUCAGGGGAAUUGCUUCACAGGUGGUGAAGCAGGUCUGCAGGUGUCUUAUCUUUCUCUUCCCCCCCCCCAUCUUCCCCUCCUCUCUCCAUUUCUCUCUGUCCUAUCCAACAAUGAUGACAUAAAUAACAAUAAUAACUACAACAAUAAAAAAGGGCAACAAAAGGGAAAAUGAAUAUAUAUAUCUCGCACUGAGACUUCUGAGUCAAGUCUUCAGUUUAUUUUACAUCCAUACUGAGAGAUGUACACAUCUCUGGUUUUUAGGGGAACUCACUAUUGAGUCAUGACUACCAUGAAAAGCUUUUAAUUACAAUAGUCAAAUUUCCUAUAUCCAGUGCUGAGAAUACUUUUGCACAAUACUAAGUGUAUCUUUGACUAAGUGGAAUAAACAUGGUGAAUCACAUAAUAAAAAAAAAUUCUGACACAGAGUAUCAGCAAAAUUCAGCCUGUAUUCAAGAUCCCUUUCUCCAAACCAGUGGGUUUGACAUCCUCUGUGGCACUCAUCUGUAGGCAUGUGGACAGACCAUUAGGGAUGACACACAGCAUAGCUUUUUCAUCGUUAGAUGAAAUAUGUCUAUUGAGGCAUGUAAACAUCUUCACUGUUUACCUGGACUAGAAAGAUUCAAUAAUGGUGUUAUUAGUGUAGUUCAGUCUUUCAAACCUACAAAUCAUAUUUUUUCAGUUUGUGAAGAAGCAGGACUUAGCUCCGCCAAUAAACUGUCCUGGCUAACAAGCCACACACAGAACAAUAGUAUGUGAAGCCCAGGACAUAGAAAUAUUCACUCUGUCUCUAAUGUAUUUCUUCUAAUUUCCCUGAGAGACCUACUCAGUGACUACUGGAUCCAAACUUAGUUAGUCCAAAAUGACUCAGAAAUUGUUGUAUUAGCAUUCUUGUCUGUUUUACUUACCCUUCUUGUGAGGAAAACUGGCAUUCCACUGAUUUGCUAUUUCUAGACUGUUGACAGAUGUGAGUUGCCUCUAAACCCUCAGGGGUGCUGUAUGCUAUGUGAAGCAGGACCACAGGAAGGCUGACUUCCCCACACUGGAAAAGUUGGAAAUUACAUCCAUAGUCAUCAGAGCCAAAUUCUGCUUUAUACCACGCUAAACUGUGGAGAACUAAAAGUACAUUGUAUAAAAUGUUUUAUAGUGUUUCUGUAAGCCAACUAUUUCAGUAUUUGUGAUUAGAUAAGUAGUUUCUAGAAAAUGGUUUUGUUAAAUAUGAUGAAUCACCGUAUUGUUGUAAUACUAAUGCUGUAGGUGCCUCGUGGUUAUUUUUGUUUGAAUUCAAGCCACCGUGGUGACAACUAUAACUCUUGUUCUGCAAAAGCAAAAUAAAUAUUAAAGUACAUUUA